GACAGCCCACACGGGACGGCAGCCCGCAGAGCCGAGACACUCAAGAUGGCAGGUCUAUCUUUAUACUUUGAAGAUGGCCAUGACGAUCUGGAUGAUUUUGGAUUUGAUGACUAUGGUUCAGAGUGCGACGGCAUCCGCAUCACAGCCUUCCUCGAUGCAGGACAAGACAACCUAACUCCUCUUGGGAGGCUAGAAAAGUAUGCCUUCAGUGAAAAUGUCUUCAACAGGCAGAUCGUGGCUCGCGGCCUGCUUGAUGUGCUUCGAGAGUUCAGUGACAAUGAAAAUGACUUUAUCAGUGUCAUGGAGACAGUUGCAAGAAUGUCAGAAGAUGGAGAGCCCACAGUGCGAGCCGAACUGAUGGAGCAGGUCCCCAACAUUGCCAUGUUCUUGCACGAGAGUCGGCCCAACUUCCCAGCAGCUUUCUCGAGAUACUUGGUCCCCAUUGUAGUCCGAUAUCUCACUGAUCCAAAUAACCAGGUGCGGAAGACCAGCCAGGCAGCGCUGCUGGUUCUGUUGGAGCAGGGCCUCAUCUCUAAAGCUGAUAUGGAGACCAAAGUUUGUCCAGUUCUACUCGACCUCACAGAACCUAGCAGUGAUGAUGACUACAAAAUCGAGGCAGUCUCUAUGAUGUGUAAAGUUGUCACCAUGUUGAGCAAAGACACAGUGGAGCAUCUACUUCUGCCACGCUUCUGUGACCUGUGCAGUGAUGCAAGACUAUUUCAAGUCCGCAAGGUCUGUGCUGCAAAUUUCGGAGAGUUCUGUUCUAUUGUUGGUCAGGAGGCCACAGAAAAACUACUGAUGCCCAAGUUCUUUGAUCUGUGCUCAGACAGUCUGUGGGGCAUCAGGAAAGCCUGUGCAGAGUGCUUCAUGAUGGUUUCCAAUUCUACCUCUCCAGAGGUGCGACGUGCAAAAUUUCCCCUCUUCAUCAGCCUCAUCAGUGACCAGUCUCGCUGGGUGCGACAGGCUGCUUUUCAGUCUCUGGGUCGCUUCAUCUCCACCUUCGCCAACCCCUCUAGCACAGGCCUUCACUUCAGAGAAGAUGGCGCCCUUCUAGAGGUCCAAUGUACAUUGGACAGCGACUACUCCCUAAACUCUCUGAACUGCUCCGAGGUUAGCGUGUGCCACGCAGGAAGAACCAUCGCGCACACGCCUCCCAACCAGGACGGCCGCGCCACGCCGUCCCCGGAGCAUGUGUCGACAGCUGACGGCGAGGAAAUGCACGGCUUUGAUGACAACUACACUUCAGUUCCUAGAGAGAUGCGAGGCGGCUUCACCCGCACGUUCUGCAACAGCAACGCCAGCCCAACGACCACAAACAACGCUAAGAACACAAAAGACACGGAGCAGACAGACGAGAACUUUAAUUCCUUCAACUAUUGGAGAUCUCCGUUACCAGACAUAAGCGGGGAACUGGAGAUGCUAAAUAGUGAAAAAUCAGAGGAGGUGAUGGAGCAGGAGGAAAGGAAAGAGGAGGAGGAACCGGAUUGUCCUGAUUCCAGGUCCAGCCCUGGCAAAGCUACCAGUGACCAGAUCCAGAAGGUCUUGGACUGUUUGCAACCGCACAUGGAUGACCCUGAUGUACAAGCUCAAGUCCAGGUGUUGUCAGCGGCUCUGAAGGCGGCACAGCUCGACGACGGCCCCGCAGACGACGGCCUGAACGAACCAGAGCCAGAGGAGCAGCCCGAGGACGACAACGAGAGCCCGUCCGUGGAGAGCAAAUCCGUGGAGGUUCAGUCUGAGAGCGAGGAGAGUCCCGCAGAAGAGGAGCAAACGGUGCCUCCUUCAGCCUCGGAGUCCAGCCCUGUGCAGGAGCAAGGGGACGAGGAGACGCAGACGGAGCCUCAGGAGGACCAGGAAGAGUCUCCUCCUGACUCGCCUAUUCUAGAGUCUGAACUGAUCGAGAGUGUGGAGGAGGAAGAGGAGGAGGAGGGAAAGGAAGACUCUGCGAACAGCCCAGAGUUUGAGGAUAAGCCCAAGAUCCAGAAUGUCAUCCCCCAGCAGCUCCUGGAUCAGUACCUCUCUAUGACGGACCCGGCCCGGGCUCAGACGGUGGAUACAGAAAUAGCCAAACACUGUGCCUUCAGCCUGCCGGGGGUAGCGCUCACUCUAGGACGACAGAACUGGCACUGCCUCAAGGACACGUAUGAGACCCUCGCUACUGAUGUGCAGUGGAAGGUGCGGCGUACGCUGGCUUUCUCAAUCCACGAGCUGGCAGUUAUUCUGGGAGACCAGCUGACUGCGGCUGAUCUGGUGCCCAUCUUCAACGGCUUCCUCAAAGACCUGGAUGAGGUCCGCAUUGGCGUGCUCAAACACCUCUACGACUUCCUCAAGCUGCUGCACGCGGACAAGAGGAGAGAAUAUCUGUACCAGCUGCAGGAGUUCAUGGUGACGGACAACAGUCGCAACUGGAGAUUCAGAUAUGAGCUGGCAGAGCAGUUGAUCUUGAUCAUAGAGUUGUACAGCCACUACGACGUGUAUGACUACCUCAGACAGAUAGCACUCACACUCUGCUCCGACAAGGUCUCAGAGGUCAGGUGGAUCUCUUACAAACUGGUUGUGGAGAUCCUCCAGAAGCUGUAUGCGUGUGGAGCCGACGAUCUAGGCCUGAACUUCAUCAACGAGCUCACCGUCAGGUUCUGCCACUGUCCCAAGUGGGUGGGGCGGCAGGCCUUCGCCUUCAUCUGCCAGGCCAUAGUAGAGGAGGACUGCAUGCCCAUGGAGCAGUUUGGCCAGCACCUUUUGCCGAGCCUGCUCAGCCUCUCCUCAGACCCCGUGGCCAAUGUCCGCGUACUGGUGGCCAAGGCUCUAAGACAGAGUGUCAUGGAGAAAGCUUACUUCAAGGAGCCCGGCUGUGCCUUCUCUGACGAGCUGGAAGAGACGGUGAUGGCGCUGCAGUCCGACAAGGACCGGGACGUCCGCUUCUUUGCCAGCCUGGACCCCAACAAAGGCUUGAUGGACACGGCUCCCUUGAUUUAGCCUCAGCCCAUGAGUCCCAUUACAGCCCCACCUGCCUGUCUACCUACCUGUCUGUCUGACUGACGCACAGUCGGCGUAACCUGCAACACCAGCACCUGACCAGAUCCCCGACCACUCGCCUGCUGGGCAGACCUGCACCAACGACCACUUGGGAAUCGUGUCAGAUGAUCAGAUUACAAUAGAAAAAAGAAUGAGCAUGUUCAAACAACACAACCCAGACUCUGGUUGGGGCACGACAAAGCGCACAUUGCAUUCACGACGCAAGAUGCAAAACUUCUCAGAGUUUUCAGAAAAUGAGCAGGACUCAAGAGGCUCGCUGCACCACUUUAGUGGGAGCCGCCGGACUCAUGCCUGAACUUGUCCCGACCCUCUUCCACACUAACAUGGACUCAAUCCCUCCCCAAUCACAGACUUGUAAAAAAAAACAAAAAACUACGACGGGCUCUUUCUCUCCAAAGCUAAUUGUAAGCUUGAUAUAAAAUUGCUGAAUUGAAUUUUUUUUUUUUUUUUUUUAAUGCUUCUUUUUGUGGAUUUCUUAACGAACAAGCGGGCGAGGCCUGCCUGACUCUGAUGUGUGCACUAACUCAGGGGGACUCAUCUGAACCUAAACAGCAUUAUUACCUUACAUGAUAAGCAGCAGCUCCUGGAUCCCUGGUGAAAAGAAAAAAAUUAAUAAAAAAAAAAAAACCAGCAGCUGUGUGAGCAACGAAAACCAGCCAAACUAAGUAGCUCAGCUGGUGUCUCUCUCUCUCGCCUCAUUUCCUCUUAAAAUGCCUCCGUUGUCUCAGACGUCCUUUGUCUUCUGAGAUGUCCUCUGGGUUAUCGAACGUUUCCCCUCCUACCUUCUCUUCUUCACUCUCUUUCUCUGCAUUUCUCCACCUGGUCUCCACGGCAACUGAAACCACUACUACUGCACAGAAGGAACAGUGAUUCUGCCACUCAGCGUAACUCUAGAUUAAAACCAUAUCUCGGAAGUUUUUUGAAAGAACAUCUUAAUAAACUGUUGGUUUCCUCCCCCUCCCCUCCCCUCCCCUCCCCUCGUGUCUGUUUACCAAAAAGAAAAUGUGACACAACACGUCUCCCAAAUGGCAGGAGACAAAUGAAAUACCUCUGUUUGGACACGACUGGCCAGUGUGGCGUUCAUGUAGAAGGACAUCCGCGGUUUGAAAACGGGCUCCGAAUGUCCGUCAAAUCUUUGGUUGGCUAAAACAUCUUAAGGGCUCGUGAUGAAGUGACAUAAAUCUCAGAGAGAAGAGGAAGAAAGCAAGCACACUGUUGGAUUAUGCAUGUGUCCCACCCUCCUCCCCCUCAUCCUCCCCCUCUUGUGUAUAGUCUGUUCCGACUCCUUAAGGUUGACCUCCUGAUAUUGAAUUAUGUGACCAUGGUAGCUUUCAGUGGAUCUGACUGACCAGUUGUACAGUAGGAUAUAGGAAUGGCUGUGUGACGAGACUGAAAGACGACCGAUCAUUACUUCCCUGUCUUGGCGGGAUGAAUUUAAGUGUGAGGGGUCUCUCGACAUUUUGCAACUCUUUUGUACAGCUUAAACCUGUGGAAAACGGUUUGUGUUUAAGGAACCAAGGCCAGUUUAGUCGGGUUUUUACCCAUCGAGAUGUGUGUGUGUGAAUAUUGGGAGCAGUCACCAAGUCACUUUUUGUAGUCUCUCGAGCUUGUUUGUUCUCUCCUGUUGUAAAUGGUAAACCCUUUUUUUUUUUUUUUUU